ACCCGUUCGAGAACUGGGAUCACUGGAGUUGUACUGAAGCGUAAGCGAGCACUCUGUGGUGUAGUAUGAACUUGAUAGCCCUCCAAAGAUGACGUGCAAGCCGUUUCACCAAGGUUUAAAAAAUUGUUGUUUUCCAGGUUUUCUCCGGCUUUAUCCAAAACGUUACAUUCAUUAAGUAAUAAUGUAGGCUACUGGUUCGAAUCACUUUCCAGGCUUAUAUGGAAACAACAAUGCCGGGGUGGGUACUCAAUACAUGCUUAACUUGGUGUUUGACUUGCAAGGAAGCGCGACGCUUUUUCUCUUGUCCUUUGUGUUUACACUGCAGCUUCACGGAAGAUAGCUAAAAAAGCCUGACAGUGCACAUUCCAAGAUGUUAUUUCCAUACAUAUAUACUUACAAGUUACAACUACAGGAUUAACAGGGCACUGCCUUUUUGAAUGCACCAUAUUGCAAUCCUUACUAUGUAACGUUUUCCAAAGACAACUGAGCAACAGUUUCAUAUAUGACCUCAAUAAACGUAUGCAAUUUAAUGCAUUUUGCAAAGCACUUCUAAUACUAAAUGGCAGAUCUAUUGCUAGGUGUGCUACUGUUUUGGGGGAACUGUCUUUAACAGAUCCAAGCAUGUUACAUUGCUACUUUCACUUAAGCAGCGUUUCCUUGCAGUAUAUUGACGAGGUGUGUUGGCGGAGUGUUCAGUAUUCCCGAAUCACUGUGAGGCUUUUGCGAAAUGUGCUGUGCGUUGCAUCACUGCGGGCAUCACUCGGAUGAACGGGCUGGAUGCAAAGAGUAACUAGUGUCACUGUCUGUUAGCCAGCUUUGUGAGCUUCCUUCAGGAGGGCGAGCUGACAGCUUUAAGACCACUAAGGUGGUGACGUCAAGGCGGGCAGAGAGCGAAAGUUGCGGCUGGGUUGCUGCAACGUUUAAAUAGCUAGCAUCGGAGCUGGGGACCCAAGGAGCAACGGCAACAGGACAUCCACCGCUACUGUCACUCUAUUUUGUGGUGGGGCUGCAGCUGCUGAAUAUUUGCAAAAAAAAAAGGUUUCCACAUCUAUCUAGAGACACUCGAGCAAGCCGUAACAGCAGUGAGAAAAAAUAGCUGAGCUAUUCUGAUCCCAACCCACUAACGUCGAGAAGAUGUUUGUUUUCCUCAUGGUUGCAUCGCAACCGUUGUUUAAGGAGCGGGACUUAAUAUUUUAGAAACUAGGUGAUGGGCGUGCUGCCUGGGGACUGAAUGCAAACAACGACCCAAUGCUCCCUCAAGCCUAAAAUUCCCUGACAUGCAUACUGCACUUAAAGCACAGUGAACCUGCAGACUUGGUGAGUAUGUUCCAAUAAGCAAGCCAGAAAAAAAUCUUCUGAAAAACAUUAGAUCGUCACUUUAGUUGCAUUGGAAAGGGGGGACUGCUCUGACAACCUCCAUGGAAUAAGACGUGAGGUUGAGUAGAGCGGGCAACGGUGAUAUUCUGAAGGGGAUGCAACCAGAGGGCCCACGCAUGCAGGAUUGCUGCUGUGCCAACAAGAGUCAGAGCUGAGCCUUUGCUUUUCUGGCUUUCAGAAGUCGAGCUACCUUUAUGUAUGUGUACUCAUGUACAGUUAACAGUAACCUUCUGAGGUGAAUGAUCAGCCUUCUCCAAGGGAAACACAUGAAGUACACCUGCGAGCCUUACUGAGUAGGAAUUACCCCUUACCAAUGUUGUGAGCUUUAUCAGCUUGAACUGCGUUAUGUUUGGUAGGUUAUUUAGUGGAGAAAAUACCAAUUCAUGGAUCAUGUGGAAUCUCCAGUUUCUAUUACGCACCUACACAAAAAUUUGAGACUUUAAUCCUCCGUUUUCCAUGUGUAUGGCUCUUAAGCAGACUGCCCUGCUAUAGAAACCUGGAUGAGUCCUGUUGGCGGUCAGCUGGGGCACUUUCUGGGUAUUUUAUGAGUCAGGAAUCACAAUGCAGCUCUUGAAAGCGAUUUGGGCAUUAGCUGGAGCAGUUAUUUGUUGUUUUCUUGUGAUUGUGAUUCACUCACAGUUUUUUAAAGAAGGUCAGCUUGCUGCAGGCACUUGUGAAAUUGUAACUCUGGACAAAGAUAACAGUCAGCCAAGAAGGACUAUAGCCCGACAAACAGCUCGGUGUGCAUGUAAAAAGGGCCAGAUUGCUGGCACAAUGAGAGCCCGGCCAGCAUGUGUAGAUGCAAGAAUUAUAAAGAUGAAACAGUGGUGUGAAAUGCUUCCAUGUUUAGAAGAUGAAGGGUGUAGUUUGUUAAUCAAUAAAUCAGGCUGGACCUGUACACAGCCCGGUGGGCGAAUAAAGACAACAACGGUCUCCUGACAAAGUAACAGCAACAGCGGCAGCAGAGAAUUCCCCCAGAAGUGGUACAAGCUUUGUCUGAGCUGUUUACCUUACCAACUUCACUGCUGUGGAUCUCAUCCGUUUUACGUCAUUAGCUCAAAUGUUUGUUCUCUGUAUUGCAUCAAAAACAGCAUAUACUUUCUUUACGUUACAUGCUGAAAUCAUUUUUUGCAUCAUACAUCAAACUACUGGACAGAGGAAUAUCAGAAUUAUGCUUGGGCAUUAGCAAUAUACAUCAUGGUUAAAUUUUCAUCAGUGGUAUAAGUCAUCACCGGACAUGAUAUUUUCUGCUUUCUGAAUCUGAAGAGCUACUGAAUUAGAAGGUUAACUUUUUUGCCAAUCAGCCUUAGAGAAAGGACUGCAUUUGCUCAUUGGUGGACAUUUAGAGAUGUGUAUGAUAAGUAAAAAUACAAAGCAAGACGUUUUCUUGGGUACUGGAUUUUCUGGAUUACAUUAAUUUGCCUGUACUCCCAAUACAGUAAUAGACCAAAGAACAAAGUAUAAAUAUAUAUAUAUAUAUAUAUAUAUAUAUAUAUAUAUAUAUAUAUAUAUAUAUAUAUACAUAAAUAAAAUGGACACAAUCCCAUUGUGGACAAGAUUAAAUGGCUUAAACUGUAGGGGUCCCCAGGAAGAUAGAUUUUCAUUGAUGAAAUAAUGCAGACCAGGGUAAGUCUUUAUUAAGCACUACAGAUGCUGGAAACUGGUCAAGAAAAAAAAACAUCAAAAGAAUUUAUUGGAGCAUGGAGACAAAAGUAACAGCCUGUUUUAUAAAAUAAAAAAAAAAAAAAAAAACAUGCUGUAUAAAGGCGCUGUUGUUUCCUCUGUACUUGGAGUGACUUUCUCAUACUAAACAUAUGUUCAGUUUAACAAGUGAGAGAUCUAUCUUCUACAGUUCCACUUUUGAUAGCUAAAGUUGGAUAUUAUUUGCAGAGAGUUUAUUUGGUCAUCAGAUAUGACCAGUGUUUCAGCUGAUAGACCGCUUGACUCCAGAAAGCAAACUAAAGCAAACAUAACUUGUUUGAAAAAGAUCAUUAAAUGUAUUUUGAGAAGCCUAAAAUUAUAUAUUUAACAGUUUUUAUAUGUUGUAUAUUUGUAGAAAAUCCUAUUUAACAAAGAAUGUGGUCACUUUACCAGUCACGGCAGUGGUCCAGCAUUUUGUUCAUACCUUCAGUUGUCUCUGAAAUGACUGGUGUAGUUUGCUUUCUUCCAUUGGAAAAUCUUUUGAAAAUGACCACAAGGAAUGCAGUAGAAUGAAACAAAAACAGAAACAAAGAAUAAUGUUUAUAUAUCACAUAAAUGCAUCCAACCCAUUGCGCCAAUGGAAGACAGAUUUUGUGUUUAUGUACUGUUAAAAUGGAGUGAACAAAAUUUUAAUAAUUUUUCUUUCACGUUUCCGUUUUGUUACCCACUACAUGACACAUGGUUUACAAAAAAAUGCUUUGCCUCAGCAGGACUGUAUUUGUAAGAAAUGUAGCUGCUAUUGGUGUUUUAGUAUGUGUGACUGGAGAGACAUCUGUUCUGACACUUCAGCUUUAGUAGAGAGUUUCGACAUGACUUUCUAGCAGGACAUACAGCAAUAAUGCCCCCUUCUUUCAAUUUUAGGAAAUACCCUUUAGAUAUAUGCAUGGCAUGGUAUAAAGAAAGGAGCCUUAGACAAAUAACUUGUCGUUUUUCAUAUAGAACUAUAAAAGAUAUGAAACUUUACACACUGGUUGAAAUAGCUCUCCAAUGCUUUUCAAGAAAUGUUUGUCAUAGUACACAAGUGUAUACUGUUCACAUAUAAGGGAGAUCAUAAACAUACCCAAAUGGAACAAACAAAAAAUAUUUUUCCCCUAAUCCAUUGCCACUGAAGGAAACUUGUUAACAUUAUUGUAUUAAAGCUCAGUACUAUGGAUUUCAUUACAGAUGGCACACAUACAAAUUAAUUUUAUUUCCAUUAAUUGAUAUUUUGCUGUAGUACAUGCAUAUGGAAUUCAGACUGCAAGGUCACCAUUCUCAGCUUCAGUAAUAUUUAUUCAUGUUCAUUCCACCAGCAUUAUCAGCAAACCUAAAUCCAUUAGCUAUAAGUGUCCAAUACCUAAUGAAUCCUGGAAGCAGAGGUGUGAGUGGUGUGAUAAAAAGUGGCAAACAAUCAAAAUUCAGCCUGAAGGUCAAGCAGGUAGCUCUUUCCACCAAAAAUAUAUUGCUGUUGAUUUCACUUCACUGAAUAAUUGGGUUGUUUUGCCUGAUUUAGUGAGCACAGAAAAAUACACAGAUGUCUUGUGCAUUCUAUUUUAUUUGACACUUUCUAGUGUACUAAAUGCCUUUACCUAGUGCCACCUAUUUAAAACAUCACUUUUGUUACUUUAUUUUCUUUUGUGUUCUAUAUGAUGCAGCUAAAUUAUGGAAAUAAAAUCAAACCCUUUUAUAA